AUGGACAAUGACUACGAGGACGCCGAAGAUGCCGAAGACGAAGGUGAGGACGAAGAGGAGGACGAAGAUGAAGUCGAAGAUGAAGAUUCUGAAGUAAUUCCUAAGGAUGAAAUCAAGAGAAGCUUGAAGGCUAGACAAAUUUCCAUGAUUGCAAUAGGUGGGAGUAUUGGUACUGGUUUAUUCAUCUCUACAGGUUCAACUCUUGCUGAUGCGGGUCCAGUAUCAGCCCUUAUAUCUUUCUUGUUCAUGACAACGUUAGCAUUUUCAGUUACCCAAUCUUUGGGAGAAAUGGCAACUUUAAUCCCCGUUGCUGGAUCUUUCACCCAAUUUGUUACCAGAUGGUGCUCCCCUGCUCUAGGUGCUGCCAAUGGUUGGAACUAUUGGUUCUCGUGGGCCAUUACUUUUGCCUUGGAAUUGUCUGUUGUUGGCCAGAUUAUUCAGAAGUGGACCGAUGCUGUUCCACUCGAAGCUUGGAUCAGUAUCUUCUUCGUUUUGUUGACAGUGUUCAACCUUUUCCCAGUCAAAUACUAUGGUGAAGUUGAGUUUUGGAUUGCUUUUAUCAAAGUGAUAGCAGUAUUUGGUUGGAUAAUUUAUGCUUUCGUUAUGGUCUGCGGAGGUGGUGAAACGGGUCCAGUUGGUUUCAGAUACUGGAGGAAUCCCGGCCCUUGGGGACCUGGUAUUUUGGUUGAAAACAAAAACACAGGCAGAUUUUUGGGUUGGUUAGCUUCUUUGAUCAGUGCUGCAUUUACAUUCCAAGGUACCGAGUUGGUUGGAAUUUCAGCUGGAGAAAGUAGCAACCCUAGGAAAACUGUACCAUCUGCUAUCAGAAAGGUCUUAUUCAGAAUUUUGGUAUUCUACGUUUUGUGUAUGCUCUUUAUUGGAUUAUUAGUACCAUACGAUGAUCCAAAGCUUUCUGCCAACGGAAGCUACACUGCCUCUUCCCCAUUCAUUGUUGCUAUGCAAAAUUCAGGAACUAAGGUUUUGCCAGAUGUCUUCAAUGCUGUAGUAUUGAUGACAAUUGUCUCAGCUGGAAAUUCUAACGUUUACUGCGGAUCACGUAUUUUGUAUGGUUUAGCACAAUCUGGUGUUGCACCCAAAGUUUUUAAGAAGACCACAAAGCAAGGUGUACCAUACGUUUCCGUUAUUUUCACUGCCUUGUUUGGUUUAUUGGGAUUCUUGGCCACUUCCUCUAGAGGCAAUGAAGCCUUCAAUUGGUUGUUGAACAUCAUUGCUACUUCUGGAAUGAUUGCCUGGGGUUUUAUCAGUUACACACACAUUAGAUUCAUGAAUGUGUUGAAAUCCAGAAACAUCAGCCGUGACUCUUUGCCGUUCAAGGCCAAAUUUAUGCCUUUCAAUGCUUACUAUGCUGCAAUUGCUAUUUUCAUUUUGGUAUUUGUCCAAGGGUUCCAAUGUUUCUUUGAUUUCACUGCUACUGGUUUCUUCACCGCAUAUGUUUCGCUUAUUCUUUUUGUUGUGUGUUUCAUAGUGUUCCACUUCGUUUUCAACGGCUUUGGAAGAAAAUCCUUCGAAUGGUCAUCAUUCUUGGUGCCUCUUGAUGAAUGUGAUAUUGAUACUGGAGUAAGAGAGAUAGAAGAAAUGGAAUGGGAAGAGAACGAGCCAACAAAUAUAUGGCAGAAAUUCUGGAGCUGGGUUUCGUAA